AUGCGAGGCAACUCAGAUGAUAAUGGUCCAAAUGUCCCUCUUCUGAAGCUCCUAGAUUGCUCCCUUAGGAUUUCUGUGUUUUUUCUUAGCAUUGCAACCAUAUGGUUGACUGUGACCAACCACCAAGACAACACUAGCUAUGGGAAGCUGCACUUCAACAAUUUCUCAGGCCUCAAGUACAUGGUUUGCAUCAGCACCAUUUCUGCUGUAUAUGCUUUUGUUGCUGCUAUCUCCUCAUGGAUCAGAUGCUUGGUCUCUAAAGCUUGGCUGUUCUUUGUCUCUGACCAGAUAGUAACCUACUUACUGGUCACAUCUGUGGCUGCAGUGAUUGAGAUGAUGUUUCUAGCUUAUAAAGGUGACAAGGCAGUCUCAUGGAGUGAAGCUUGUGCUUCAUAUGGAAAAUUCUGUAGUAGAAUGAAGUUGGCCUUGAUUCUCCAAUCUCUGGCACUUUUAAGCUUCCUUGUGUUAGCUGUGAUUUAUGCUUAUAGGGUCUUUAGCAUGUACGAGGCACCUUCUAUAUCUCAUAAAGGGGUGGAGUUAGAAGAGAACACCACUUAGAUGGGUUAUCUUUCGUUGGUUAUGCUCUAGAGGUUUCCUUUUGUGGA